GUCGGAGGAGUCCUACCAGUUCAGGAACUGUUCAAAAUCAUACCUGUUAGGGGUGGAGCGUCACACUAACACAAAUCUGUGCUUUGGUGAACACAGAGGCAUGAUUUCGACUCUCUUCAGAUAAAGUGAUGAUAAUGCCUCCAGUCCAGCAGAUGUGCAGCCCCCUGAGAGCCCAACAAUGUCCACAGACAUCAACCAAACAACUCUUCCUGCCCCUGGGCCGAUUGAGGUCACCUCAGUGAAGCCAGAUUGUGUGUGUCUGAAGUGGGGGUGUCCUAAGGGGCUGAGCGGGGAGCAGCAGAAGUUCUGGGUCACCUGGAACAGCCACAGCGCUCAGUGCUCUCUCACAGUGCGAGGGCUCAACUUCAACAUACAGGACCUGUCUCCAGGAGUCAAGUAUGAUGUAACAGUUGCCACGCUCGGUGACCAUGGGAACAAAAGUCAGUGUGUGUCUGCGUUUUUUUGCACAGGGAUUCCUGAACCAGAAAACCUAAUAAUUGAAACUGAUGUGACGUCUGUGUCUGUAACUUGGAGGAAGCCAACAGGACUGGAUCCGGUCUCAUACUUUUUGACACUCUGCAGAGAUGGAGAAUGUGUGGAGACUGUCUCCACCGAUGCUCUGGAAUACACAUUCUCCAACCUACAAACAGACACAGAAUACACCAUAAGUGUUUGCACUACCACCCUGAAUGGAGAUCGGAGUACCGCUGUCCUCCACACCAUAAACACAGGAAAUGGACCAACCACGUCUUUGGUCGACAGUGAAAACCAUCCCAGUGAACUUUUCCCAAUCGAAAAACUCCCAGAGAGAUGCCGACAACUAACAACAGGCAAUCCAGCAUGUUAUUUACUUCUGUUAAAGAAAUUAUUAUGUUAUUAUCAUUGUUAAGGAUAUUUAGGUGUGUCUCAUGUCUCACAUAUUAUUUUGCAAUAUCUGCAAUAUAUCAUGUAUAUGUGCACUGCUGAUGCCAAGAGUAUUCUUGCCAACAUUGUUCUUGUUUACGUCAAAGGAAACAGAUGUACCUGCAAAAGCAGGAUAUGUUUGAUAGGACGAAUUAUGACAAGGCCGCUUCUUCUAAUAAAAGAACUACCCAGAGUUUCAGAGGACAGAGACUGUUUAGCAGGGAGAGGGAAUCCUCCUGUCUGAACGCUCUCUCCUCUCGGCCAGAGUAAAAACAUACUACUUGUUGUGGUUCUUGUGUCUUAAAAUCUUAAAUACUUGGAAGAUUUUCCUAACAUUCUUGGUCCUUCGAGCCGGAUGCCAAUACACCCAGGACCUGGGGACUGCUCGUCGAAAGCUGAAGACUGCGCGCAGCCUGCGGUUUAGGACCGUGGAAGAAAAGACCAGCACGGUAAAUUCCGUGCCGGCCAGCAGACGACGAUCAGCCCAGGACUGGUUGACGGCAUUUCGACGAACAACAGAGCAGAACCAUAAUAGUGUGAGUAUAAAAAUCCUAGGUUUUAUUAAAAAGGGAAAGAUCGCAUUAAGUUGCUGUUCUCUUAUACAGCUGUUAAAAGAUAAACUUUCCAGGGGGAUCGAGUCCCGGGGGGCUCGAGUCCAGCCUGAGGUAAAAAGUGGUCCGGGACCACUUAGUUUAUCUAAAAGGGGUCCGCGGGGCCGCCUGAAAUCGAGAAAAAAUUAAAAAAAUAUAUAUAUAAAAAUGAAAAAAAUAGAAAAAAAAGAGGCUUGAGUCCCGCCUAAGUCGACAGGAGAGGGAAAGAAGGAGUGUGACUGAGAAGUGUGUGUGUGAAGGGAUUGUCUGUGAGUUAAAACGAACAAUAGAGCCUGUGAGAGAUAAAACACCCAGGGGAAGCCAGACUACGGUCUAGAAGCUCGCUUCCCAGGCUUGUUGUUUGCCCUAAGAGGACGACACAGAUCAACCCCUUAUUUGUAGACAUGGGAAACACUCAAAACAAAGAAAAAGUUUUGAUAGGCGAUGCCAAAUUUAUGGCUCGAGUCCAUCCAGGACAUGAAAAUUGGCUACCACGUUGGAAAGAUACAUUUGAAUUUGAAGGCAAAUUAACAGUUCCUAACUGUUCUAAAUUGCUGCGCGACGUACUAACGCACCACUCUAAAAAGAAGGGUGGAUUAAAAGCGCAUCAUCAAAAAGAAAUUGAUGCGGCCAAAUUGUGGUUGGAGGAGGCAAAAAAGCGUGAAAAUAAAAUAAAAGAGCGAAAAAAUUGCACUGUAGCAUAUGUUAAAGAAGAAGACAAUAUGCCAGGCGUCGCACCUCCUCCCUAUAACCCACAACCACGACUGGCUGCAACAGCACAACCGGCACCCCCGCCUUCCCCCGCUCUGGAGGAAGCAUCCCCUCCCUCACAUUAUGAUAAAACUCUGGAUUGGCCUCCACAGCCGCCGCGGGUGGAAGCAUUUCCAAUGAUAGAACUGCCUAAUCCAACAUUUAGGCCAGAUCAAGCCGUAAAUGAUGCCAAUCCACACUUAAUGUAUGUCUAUAGGACAUGGACACAGGAAGAUGUUAAAAAAGCGGUGGAAGGAAUUCCAUCACAUAAAGCUCAAAUUGAUGAAUUUUGCGAUGAAAUGAAGAGCAUAAUAGCGGUGUACCACUUAAAUGGUUUCGAGGUCGAAAGGAUGUUUCGAUGCAAAAUGGGUUCCGAUUGGAGCCGUGUUAAAGAUAGCUUUGUCGCCCAUGCGAAUGGCAUAGCGCACGCCCCUGGCUCUGCUGAUCUUACUCAACAGAUCCAAGCCUUAGAGAAUAAAUGUAAGGAAGUUUUUAGAAAACAUUGCGAUUACACUAAAAUACACGCCACAACACAAAAAGACGAUGAGGAUGUUUGGGAGUUUAGAGACAGAUUUGAAAAAGUCUUUAAAGCUUAUAGUGGUCUGAAGUCAGAAAGUGAUGAAGAUAAGGCAAUUUUUGAACAACAAUUGAAGCAAGCAUUACUUCAGAGUUUCAGACCAGAAAUAAAAGAAUGGAUAGAGAAACAUUUUGUUACUUUCAGAACAGCAGAACUGCCAGAAUUUAUGGAACAUGCUAAACAUGCAGAGAAAACAGUGAAGAACAAACAAAAAGAAAAAGAAAAGCAAGACUCAGAGAAAUUAGUG